UCCACCCUCCUCCACCCUCCUGCAGCCUGCAGAGCAUCCUCCACCCUCCUCCACCCUCCUGCAGCCUGCAGAGCACCCUCCACCCUCCUCCACCCUCCUCCACCGGCCGCUCUGCAGUCUACACCCGCACAGGGGAGAACUGAACCGAGGAAAAUGGCCGAAGAGGAAAAAGAUCCGAAGCCUGUGGCGGGGAGCCUCUCUGACGGCCAGCUGAGGUCCCACAACAAGAUGGAGCCCAAGACUUUAGGGGCCAUCCAGAUCGUCAUCGGAGCCUUGAUCCUGUGUCUCAGUGCCUCCGUGCUCCAGAUCCACGAGGUGCACUACACUGAAGAUGUGUACCUCUUCCUGGUGGUGGUCCUGCAGGUGACCUUCUCCGGCUCGGUGCUGAUCCACAGCGGGAGGAGACCCAAGCUCUUCUGGGUGAAGUUCGCCCUGGUGCUGCACCUCAUCAGCGCGGCGUUCUCCACGGCCGCCCUGGGCCUGAUGUCCAAGCACCUGCCGUACCGCCAGAACUCCUACCACUGCGAGCACUGCCGCCGGCUGGAGCUGCACGCAGUGCAACAUUGUUUCAGGAAGUGCACCGGGCUGAUCGAGCAAAAGUGUAAACUGCUCAUCGACGGCAUCCUGGCCACGCUGGUCAUCUUCCUGGUCCUGGAGCUGCUGAUCUGCAUCACGGCUAUGCUAUUCGGACUCAGCGUCCUGGCUGCUCGAGGCCGGCAGACUCCCACCAGUAAACCCGCCUACCCUCAGAGCCGCCCCCCUCCCGCCCCCGUGGUGUCAGCUGCUCCUGGUCCCACUGGUCCUCUUGUUCCUGCUGGUCCCACUGGUCCCUCUGGUCCCACUGGUCCCACUGGUCCUGCCGGUCCUGCUGGUCCCUCUGGUCCUACUGUUGCCACUGUCCUGGUGGCCCAGGCUGCUGCAGAACCGUCUCAGGUGGAAGUGUUUGUGACUGAACCUGAUUCUGAGCAGGUGGAGGACGUCACCCCGCCCACCGAGCCCCAGGUGGAGCCCAUGGAGGGGGUCACCUCUGAGCCCUGAGACCGGCCUGAACCUGGACCUUGAACCAAGACCCUGAGCCCGCACCCUGAAUCUGGACAUUGAACGCACCCUGAACCCUGAACCCUGAACCCAGACUCUGAACCCAGACCAUGUACCUGUACCCUGAACCCUUACCCUGAGUCUGGACCUUGAACUCAAACCCUGGGCCUGCACCCUGAAUCUGUACAUUGAACUGACCCUGAACUUGGACCUUGAAUCCUGAACCCACCCUGAACCUGGACCCCGAACCUAGACCCUGGACCCUGAACCCAGGCCAUGAACCUGGAGCACAGCCCUAGCAAUGUACCCCCCUGUCGACCCCUGGUAGGUCCUGUCAUUGGGACUUGGUAGCUGAAAGUCUGAGAGGUUCCUGAGCAGUCCAGGUCUCUGAGUGGUUCCUGAGCGGUCCAGGUCUCUGAGGAGGGUUGGGGUUUCCGUCCCCCCCCAGCCAUGGGAUCUGCUGAUGUUCUGCUGAGUCGGCUCUUCUAACGGACCCGGUCUCUCUUUCACCUGGACUUUUUUUAACUCACAUUUUAAAAUAAACAGCAGUUUUUUUACUGGAACUCUCAAAAACCCGACUCAGCAAACCAGAUUCUCCCAAUCAGACUGUGACCCAGACCUGAAGACCCAGACUGGACUGUGACCCUUCAAAAUAAAGUGAUGAAUCCUAAACUGAUCCUGAACCAUGCCGACUGGAUUUUCCCUUUGACUCUUCAGAACUCUCUUAACAGUUUUCUCCUGUUGAAUGUUUAGUUUUCUAUUUGUAAUAUAACCACCUGUCUGGAGAGCGGCUCUUUAAACUCCUGCUUUUAUUUUUAUAAAGAAUGACCUGCAGAUUUCUUCUGCUGAGCACACAGUCUUUCCUUCAGGCAGGUUUAAUGUAAAAAUGACAUUUCAGUGUUUGAUCUUCCAGUCUCCUUCAUUAAGACCGAGCUGGCGGCUCUGAAAGAGCAUCAAUCCCUCCAGAGACUAAAAACCCUUCAGCACUGAAACACGGUGUUUCCACAGCUCAGCAGCUUCGUGAGUCGUAGACCUUUGCUAGUGUUUAAGGCGCAGAAUGUUUAGCUCCUCAGAGGUCGUCUUCUUCAGUAUAGAUCGAAGUCUUUGUGAAACCACGGGAUGGCAUGAACACAUAACACAUGAAUGUAUAAGGUGAACAUUAAAGUCAUGUAAUCACAGUGAAAAUAAAGG